GAGUCAGUGAUCACAGGAUUGAUGGAUGAGUUCAAGUUUCUCCACAAACACCGGGAACUCUUCACCCUCUUCAUCGUUGUGUCCACCUUCCUCAUCUCACUGUUCUGUGUCACUAAUGGUGGUAUCUAUGUGUUCACUCUGCUGGACCAUUUUGCUGCUGGGACAUCCAUUCUCUUUGGAGUGCUUAUUGAGGCCAUCGGCAUCGCCUGGUUCUACGGAGUGGACCGGUUCAGUGACGACAUCGAGGAGAUGAUCGGACAGAGACCAGGCCUGUACUGGAGACUGUGCUGGAAGUUUGUCAGCCCCUGCUUCCUCCUGUUCAUGGUGGUGGUGAGCUUCGCGACCUUUAACCCUCCUAACUACGGGACGUACACGUUUCCCAUAUGGGCCAACAUGAUUGGCUGGUGCUUGGCUAUAUCCUCCAUGACCAUGGUGCCUCUCUAUGCCAUCUACAAGAUGUGCACCUUACCUGGAAAGUUCUGCGAUAGACUGGCCUACGCCAUAACGCCUGAGCACGAACACCACCUGGUGGAUAACGGAGAAGUUAGGAGGUUUACGCUCCAACACUGGAUGGUGAUCUGAGCCCAGGAAGAAGACAGGGGUCUGUUCACAUGGAGGAUGGAUGGAUAGAGAGAGGG